UGGAUUUAAACCUUCCAUCAGGACAUGACAGUGUGUGUGUGUGAGAGUCUGGUUCAGUCUGUGAAACUCGACCGUCGUCGGUAGCUACAUGUACAUGUGUGUUUGAGCUCAGAGCAGAAGAAGAAUCUGGAAUCAUGAGGCGCCGAUCGUCGCUGCUGCUGCUGCUGCUGCUGCUGCCGCUGCUUCAUCACUGCUGCUGCUUUGAGUUCGUCAUCGAUGGACAGCUGGAAGACGAGAACCUUCUGGAUCAUCAGCACAGGCAGAAGAGACAAACACUGACGAGUGAAGAGGAGGAAGAUUUUCAGGCCGUCCGUGGAGAUGACAUCACCGUGAAGAGCUACAGGGUGGAGAGUCGCAUCACUUCUCGCUUCGCCCACACGACCGUGAGGAGCUCAGUGAUCAACUCUGGACCUUCAGCCCAGAGCAUCGGCUUCAACGUCCAGAUCCCCAAACGGGCCUUCAUCACCAACUUCACCAUGAAUGUUAACGGUAUCACCUUCUCUGGCUCAGUCAAAGAGAAGGGCGUGGCCAGGAAUCUGUACGCUCAGGCCAGGGCCAGAGGCAAAGCUGCCGGCAUCGUCAGAGCCAACUCUCAGGACAUGGAGACCUUCAGGACGGAGGUCCACGUUCCUCCUGGCAGCAACAUUGACUUUGAGCUUCACUACCAGGAGAUGAUGCAGCGACGCCUGGGCUUCUACGAACACUCGCUCUACCUGCAGCCUGGAAGACUGGUUCCUCAGCUUCAGGUGGACGUCUACAUCUAUGAGCCUAAGGGAAUUUCCUGGGUUCAGACUCCCAGCACCCUGGGAGAGCAGUUCUCUGAGCUGAUCAGAACCACACAGAGCAGAGACAAGGUUCAUGUUGUUUUUAAACCAACCCUUCAGCAGCAGAGGAAGUGUGAGACCUGCAGCAGCAGCAGCGUCGACGGAGCGUUCACCGUGAAGUAUGACGUGACCAGAGACCACAGCGCCGGAGAGCUCCAGGUCUCAGACGGACACUUCGUUCACUUCUUCGCUCCGUCACAACUUUCUCCUCUUCCAAAAAAUAUCGUGUUUGUGAUCGAUGUCAGCGGCUCCAUGUGGGGCGUGAAGAUGAAGCAGACGGGCGAGGCCAUGCUGGCCAUCCUGGACGACCUGACGGAGGACGACCACUUCAGCAUCAUCGACUUCAACCACAACGUCCGCUGCUGGAAUGAGGAGCUGGUCCCUGGAACAUCGCUCCAGGUGGCCGAUGCCAAGAACUACGUCCAGAACAUUAAACCCAACGGAGGCACCAACAUCAACGAGGCCCUGAUGAGAGCGGUCUACAUGCUGGCCCGAGCGUCCAAUCAGGGACAGAUUGACCCGCGCUCCGUGUCUAUGAUCAUCCUGGUGUCUGACGGAGAUCCGACUGUGGGUGAGAUUAAGCUGAGCACCAUCCAGAAGAACGUGAAGCGAGUGAUGAGGGAGGAGUUUUCUCUCUUUUCUCUUGGCAUCGGCUUUGACGUGGAUUACGACUUUUUGGAACGCAUCGCCAUGGAGAACCGGGGUGUGGCCCAGAGGAUCUAUGCCAACCACGAUGCUGCGGAACAGCUGAGGACCUUCUACAACCAGAUCUCGUCUCCUCUCCUGAGGAAAAUCUCAGUCCAGUUUCCCAAGGACUCGGUUUCUGAUGUGACCCAGAACCAAUUCGAUAAGUACUUCAGUGGCUCGGAGCUGGUGGUGGCCGGGAAGGUUCUACCGUCAGAGAGCAACACGCUGACCGGCUUCACCUCUGCUUCUGCGGCUGGGGUGGACAUCACAAACCAGACGGAGGCAGACAUGUUGGAAUUGGACCAGGAACUUUCUAAACAGCAACACUCCUUCACCGGCUUUGCUCGGCAGCUGUGGGCGUACAUCAGGAUCAAACAGCUGAUCUCUGAGCGGUCUCUGGCUCCGAGCCUUGGAACGAAGAGGGUCAUCACUCAGCAGAUCACGGCUCUUGCUGUGGAGCACCAGUUUGUCACGCCACUGACCGCUCUGCUGGUGGAGAGCGAGGGCGCCACCGAGAGGCUGCUGGCUGAUGCCCCCAAAGACCCCAAACACGGCUGUUGCUCAGGAGCUGGAGUAGGAGGAAUUAAGGGAGGAAGACUUCCACAGACUAGUGGUGUUGUUUACCAACGUCCUCCCUGGGUUACGGACGUAACAUCUGCUCCACCAGGCCAAGUGGUGCGGGGUCCAGUGGAGGAGCUGCUGCCCAAGAAGAUCAACCUGGUGGACAACGACCCCCACUUCAUCGUCCAUCUGCCCCAGAACAACAUCGAUGUUUGCUUUAACAUUGAUUCCAAACCUGGCCACAUUCUCAGCCUGGUGUCUGACCCCGGAGCAGGUUUGGUCGUCAACGGUCAGCUGAUCGGCUCCAAAACGCUGAACAAAAACCACAACAAGCUCCACACCUACUUUGGUGUCAUUUCCAUCUACUACCAGCCUGGUGACAUCAUCAUCACCGUGGGUACAGACGGCAUCUCCAUGACGGAGGGCCAGAACAGAUGCUCCUUCACCUGGGGGGCCACGGCCGACCUCCUUCAGGACGGGUUAAGGAUUUCCAUCCUGAAGGAUUCUCAUGUCACCGUCACAAUUAAUGAAAACAUCCAGGUGAUGGUGCUAUUGCACCGUGUCUGGAAGAAACACCCUGUCAACGUGGAUUUUCUUGGACUCUACAUUCCCAGUGAGAACCAGUACUCCGAGCUGGUGCACGGCCUCAUCGGUCAGUUUUCCCGGGAGCCGAAGGUUAUCGUCUACGAUGUUCACGAUGGAACCGAUCCUCUAAAGAAGGAGGCAACAAUGGAGGUGAAGGGGAACAAGCUCCAGGUUACAAGGGGCUGGCAGAAGGAUUACCGACAGGACAAACGGCGCGGUGCUAACGUUUCCUGCUGGUUCAUUCACAACAGCGGGAAAGGUAUGAUUGACGGACACUUCAGCGACUACAUUGUCCCUGAGCUCAGCUCCUUCCUCCAAACUGAGAGAAAUUAAAGCAAUAAAGCCAUAAAAAUAUUAUAAGUAA